CAUUUCCUCUCUGUGGAGUGAGACCUCCUGCUCACAGAGGAUCUCUGGCUGCCAGUGACUUCCUGUCCGCUCUGUUUCCUGUCACUUCAGCCUCAACAUGUGGAAGUUCAGGAGCUCCUCGCUGAGAUCAGCUGCUGUCCUGCUCACACCUGCUCAGCCUCGUGUGCGCCUCUCCACCGGCCCCCAGCAGGAACACACAACCUUCUACGAGUUCCGCACCUACUGCAUCCGUCCAGACCAGAAUGCCGCCUUCCUCAAACUGACCGCUGAGAAGAUCCACCUGCGCACCGCCCACUCCGAGCUGAUUGGCUACUGGAGCGUCGAGUACGGCGGCCUGAACAAGGUCUUCCAUAUAUGGAAAUACGACAGUUUCUCUCAGCGGGCAGCUGUGCGGGCAGCCCUGGCUCAGGACCCCUCCUGGAUAUCAGAGUACAUCUCCAAGGCCAUACCGAUGCUGACGUCUCAGGACAACGAGGUCACUUACCUGGUUCCCUGGAGCCACCUGCAGAGGCCACCACAGGAGGGUGGUGUGUACGAGCUGGUUUCCUUCCAGAUGCGUCCCGGCGGUCCGGCAGUUUGGGGCAAAGCCUUCCAGGCUGCCGUCGCCACCCACGAUGCACCGGGGUACGGCAAGCUGGUGGGAGCUUUCAACAGCGAGUGCGGCCUGCUGAACAGAGUUCACGCCCUCUGGUGGUUCGAGAGCGCCGACCAGCGAGCUGAAGUUCGACACAAAGCUCACACUGACGCCAGGGUGGUCGCUGCAGUCAGAAACAGCGUCGUCCAUCUGGACUCUCAGGAGAAUAAACUCCUGUUUCCCUGUUCGUUCUCUCCGCUGAAGUAACUUCCUGUCCUCCGCUUCCUGUUCCCACACCUGCGUCUCCAUGGCAACAGAGACAAACACUGCAACUUUAACAUUAAACCGAUCCUUACCUCCUGCACCGCCCCGUCUCUCGAUGAACCAAUCACAGCUCAGCUUCCUGUUCCAGCUUCUGUUACAAACAUGACGGAUGGAAUUUAUCAUCACGAGAAACAUCAAUAAUCAGACUUGAUUAGUGUGUGAGUGACAGCAGCAGCGUCCAAUCCUGCGGUCUGGAUGUUGGAGGUGGGCGGGGCCGACAGACUGACUGCACUUUGAUAACUGAUGUAAUAAACUGAGACGUGAACAUCA